UACGACGUGGGUGUGUGAUGGAGAGGACGACUGCGGGGACGGGAGCGAUGAGAGCCAGUGUGACACAUAUCACAGAUUCAGGUGCCAGAAUUCCCGCACUAUCUUAACGACGUUGGUUUGUGAUGGAUACGACGACUGCGGGGACGGGAGCGAUGAGAGACAAUGUUGGGAUUGCACAACCCCAGCAAGUACGAGGGCGACAUCUCCUUCAACAACAACGAAGCCAACUACAACAGUCGUUAUUCCGGAAAAGCUGUGUCCUGAAAUCACAGACUCCAGAGGAACAGAGUGGCCUCAGACUGUUGGAAAUACGACCAUGGUGCGGCCCUGUCCUGGGGGAUUUCAAGGUAACGUUCGACGUGUCUGUGACGUGACUGGAGAGUGGGAAGAUCUGAACUACAUAACCUGCGUGAGAGACGAGAUAGCCAAAAUAGAGGAAGAGGUAGCUUCGAUCACCGAAGGAGUUGUGUCCAGUGAAGCUAUCAAGAAUGUGCUGGAGAAGCUGCAGGAGGUUACCAAGGUCAACGACUCCACUGCAGGGGAUCUAGACAAAUCUAUUGACCUUGUGGACACGCUGGCCACUGCAGUGAGCAAGUCUGCUUCACCAAUUGUAGUGGACACUGCUACAGCACAGUCCUUUGUUAAUGUGGUUGACAACAUCCUGUCUGUUGACACCAGUAAAGAGGACUGGCAGCAAGUUCAGAAAAGAAACGCAACAAAGGCGUCGUCUUUGAUGAGAGCAGUGACGUCCUUUGGUUUGGCUGCUGCAGCAUCACAGACGGUGAACAAACCUCUUACUAUCAACAGUUCAACCAUGGUGAUGGAAGUUGCAAAGGUUAAGAAGCAAGACAUCAACUUUCCUACAGAAAACCUGGUUGGGGUGAAGAGUUCUUUAAGACUUUCUCAGGAAAACUAUGACGCCGAAGAAAAUGUCACUUACGUUGCAGCCUAUUACAACACUAUGGCAGAGUUUCUACAGAGAAGUAACUCCGGAGAUGACAAGACAACACAAACAGAAACACGAUCUCCGAUUCUAUCACUUGCUGUCCACGCUGGCGGUAAAAGACUUGCAGAGCUUAACAUGGAUGUAACGCUUAAUUUCUAUCAUGGACAGGUCGACAAUGGAGAACUAGAAUGCGGAUAUUGGAACUUUAAUAAAGGUUCCUGGAGGACGGAUGGGUGCAAGAGAAGUCACAUAAACAGUUCCUUCUCAAGAUGUGAUUGUGAUCACUUGACCAACUUCGCUAUUCUGAUGAGUCCAACAAGAGUCGUGUCUGAAGAAAACCUGAGACUCCUGAAGAUCAUCUCCAUAGUUGGCUGUUCCUUUUCUAUCCUGGGCUGCUUGGUGACAGUACUGACACACAUGUGUUUGUGGAGGAGUGUUCGCUCUAGUAAGUCCGUCAUCCUGGUGAACCUUUGUAUGGCGUUGACCUUGGCCUACAGCGUCUUCCUGGCUGGCGUGGAGAGAACGGAAAACAAGGCCGUGUGUACUGCAGUGGCGGCCAUUUUGCACUACUUGUUCCUGGCCAUCUUCUGUCUGAUGUUUGCCCAGGGGAUCGACAUGGCCAGACAGGUAGUAACUGUGUCAAGGAGGAGUUCAAGACUGGAGGUUGUCCUCGCUCUAUCCUGGGGUGUGCCGGCAGUUAUAGUCGGUAUUACCCUGGGGGUCACCAAGCUGGAGGGAUACGGAAAUGACCAGUUCUGCUGGUUGACGGUGGUGGAUGGGGUUCUGUACGCCCUUGUUGGACCAGCCCUCUUCGUCAUACUUGCUAACACCGUGAUCAUCGUCGUCAUCAUGCGGGUGCUGUUUUCCACCAAAAUGAUGAUCAGAAAAGGAAAUAGAGAGAGGUUCAUGAUAAGUUUUCGGAGCCUUUGUGUUCUGAUGCCUGUUCUCGGAGUCACGUGGGUGUUUGGUAUUCUGGCAUUUAACGAAGACACAGUCGUCUUUCAAUACCUCUUUUGCCAUCUUCAAUUCGUUGCAGGGCUUCCUGAUUUUCGUGAUGCACUGCACUUUUAACACUAAGAUUCUUGAUGGAUUGAGAACGGUUAUGCGACGCUACUUAUCCCAGAUGUAUGAAUCCUUUGAGAGCAAGGGACAAGAGUAAACAAACAAGGUCCGAUAAAACGUCAG